AUGGAUGCGCGAAAUGAUCUUGAGGACCAAGAGAACGACCCUGAAUUGAAUGGAGACUCGUACGCCAUUGAGAUUGUCUUGGAGACGCUUGCUUCAAUGAUGGUCGUCAGAUCCGCUGUUAUCAGAUCCCGCUCUUGUGAGCUUACUGGUCUGCUUCUCACUGAGAUCCCACAAGAAUACGAGCUCACUCUUCCUCUGAUUACAAAUUUGACUGAAUCGCUGAUAGUCCGUGCUAACGAUACGAGUUCUCAUGUCCGUCUUCUCGCCCUGGACGCCAUGACCAGACUUCAAAAUUUCAGAGAUCGCGACUGUAAAGUAAUGGCGCAGUACUUGAAAUCCAUGCGAUCAGAGCCAGUUGCGGAGAAUCGCGCAAUGGCUGUCAAGCGAUGCUCGUUGAAUAAAGAGACGUUGUUGGAUACAAUUGAUAGAUGUCUCGAUGUAGACGUGAAUCACGGACUUGAAGAUGAAGAACAAGUUCGCCAAAUUGUUGUAUCUAGCCUUCUCCCUUCCUGGCUGGCACACAUCAGAAAGAACGGCACUAAAAAUGAAAAAGGCAAUUUAAUCGACCUCGUCAUCACCCUCGACCCAUCAUCGACUGACGCGAACUCAUUGGAAACCGCUCGAGAGACGAUUGAAGUAGUUUUCGAUCAAUGGUCGAAUCUAGAGGACUUGAUUCAACAUUAUUGCAAGGCGUCGGAGAGGUUGGUUACUUCUUCCAUGCUGCCGAAUGUCGACGGUGAGGGAGUUUUGGGCACAGCUGUAGCAUUUACUUGGUAUCAUCUUAUCCAGAGAGCAGUAAAAUUAGGCGAUGCCGAACAAUACAUGCCACAGUUUCCUGAGUAUUGCGAUCUAAUUGAAGAACGCGCCGGAAAGAUCAUUUACAUACGCGAGCAGCUAGAAGCUUUGAUGUCCGAGAGUUCACAAGAUUACACCGAAAAUCCAGAUUACUCUGACUUGCAUGUCCAGCUAGAAGAUCAUCUGUUUGAGCUUAAAUGGCUUAUCAAAGCUGUGUCUUUUUUCGAAAUCAGUCUUGAUCCUAUGAAUCGUGAGAAGCUCAAAAGCCUGGUAACUUACAUCGUCCUUCAGAUGUCACCAGAUGAUCUGCAGGCAUUUUCUGAGAGUUUGGCGAUUCUCGUGACAGAAGUAGCAAAAGCCGAGAAACGGAAACGAAAUGAUAUCGUGAAAGAGCUCGUCGAAGAGCUCCGAGAGCAGGGAUCUGCACAGACCCAAGCAGCAACCAACGAUGAAAGUCAGCCUUCGAGCACGCAAAUAACUGAGGAACAGCUAGAAGAAUUGAGAAACGAAAUCGCAGAUGUACAAAUGAAGAUCCACCAACUGCAGAGCGCACAACAAGAUGCAAUUGAAGAGAAAAACUUUGCAGAAGCAAGUCGAUUGGAGGAAGAAAUGAAGCCAUUCAAGGCGGACUUAGAUGAGCUCAAAAUUAGAAAGAAUCAGACUAAACGGCUUCCAUCGACCAUCAAUGAGACAGCGGAAAAUGAGGAGCAUCGAUUUACAUACAGUUCUGCUACAAAGGCUCUCAUCGUACUAAACGGGCAUAUGUCGCGUUUGAAAAAGCUCGAACUUGGGCUUGAUCAGUUCGUUAAAAUUCUUGUCGUUCCUGUAUUGAUGAAGAUUUCCAUGAGCGAGAUGACUGGAGAAAAGCAACAACCGAUGCUUCUGCAAGAACAAGCGAUCAAAUUCCUCGGUCUUGUUUGCAGCAUGAACUUGACUUUUGCCAAAGAAUACUUUGCGAUUUUGGUAUUUAUUGCUCAAAAUGAAGUUGAUAAUGAGAUUGUUCACUCUGCAACUCGUUGUGCGGCAAUAAACUCAAUAAUUGACCUGUCACUUAUCUACGAUCGUGAGCUGACGAAAGACCUGGAUACAACGCAGUUAGAUUCCAUUCUUCAGUCGACGAAGAAUGAGAGCACAUGGGGAGAUACAGUCAUUAACGCAUCCUCAGUGAUUGAAGAUGGUCCGCAGGCAACCUGUGCUAAAUUGCUCGUCAGAGUUCUACGAGAAAGAAGAGAUGAAGUAAACAAGGACGCUCAGGAAAUCGCCAUCGACGGGCUGGUAUCCCUUCAGUUGGCUCAUAGAACACCGUCUGCUGCUCUCCAGCUUCAAGUUCUCCUGCACAUUUGCAGCAAAGAGUACCAUGGACAUGAUAUGGCAGAUUAUCGAAAAGCGAUGAUGCGAAUUGUUCUGAACGAAGAAGCCUUCAAAAUGCUCGAAUCCACACUGCGCCUUGGUAUCCGACACAUCAUUGCUAACCAAGACAAUCUCGCGGACCUUGAUGGAGCUAGUGCUGAACGUCUUCUUCCUCUGAUCUUUACUCUCGCGAAUCCCGAGGCCUUCCACAAGGCAUCAGAUGAGCGAAUGAAGAAUCAGAUCGUUGACGUCGUAAGAGUCCCCUUACGCCUAUCUCUCGUCAUUCUCGAAACUGUCAAGGAGCACAUGGGCUUGCUUAGCGUCACUUGGGUACUUCUGAAGCUUUGCAAGAAACUUGAUAUCACGAUGCCGGUUCAACUUAUUUGUAACGAAGAAAAGUUUGAGGAGACUCUUCCAUUGAGGGAGGACAUCUACCGAAUCAUCGAGGCGCUAGAAGAACUAGAACCUCUCAUCAAAGAGCGACAUGCGAAAGAUGCGGUUCGAGAUCUCCUUCGUAAUUUCCAAAAGCAGGUGCAAGUUAUUGUUGCAGUCGAGCAAAGAAUAGAAGUAAUGAAACAGGAAGAGCAGGAAAAGAAAGAAAAGGCUGAAAAAGCUGAAAAGAAACGAAAGUCGAAGGGUAAGAAAAAGUCGCUUGAGAGUGUCCCCGAAGAAGAACUCGAAGAAGGAAUCGAGCAAAUCAAUUUGUCGCCGGAUUCUAGCCAGGAGCCAGAGCCAGCUGAUCUUGAGGCUAGUUCUAGCGGCGCCGAACUGCCAAUUCCAGCAAAGAAGGCAAAGAAAACUCCGGCAAAGAAGGCUCGAUCUUCCCGCGCUAAAAGUGGCCCGGCAUCGUCUCAAUCCGCCAAUGAGCAAUCCGGCAAUGAGAUGGAGCCGCCAGAGAUAAUUCCCAAGGAACGACGAGACAUGUCUUGGUACAAAUGUUUCUAUAAAAUUGGGCUGCACGAGUCGGAACGUAUUCUACUGGAAGUCGGUGGAGACGGAUCAUUUCUAGUGCGCCCGUCAUCGUCGACUCAAGGGCAAAAUACUUUGUCGUAUCGAAGUGGAAAUGAAGUUUCGCACAUUCGAAUCGGCUGGAAUGGAGACUCGUAUGAAUUUUCUGAUUCUGUUGGAGAAAGAUUCGCGACGAUUGACGAUUUGAUCGAACACUAUCUUGAGAAUAAAAUCCAUCCUCGAAAUGGACACGAAGUCCAACUCAGAAGCCCCCUUCGUCUUGACUCGCAGCCGCCUUCGAGUGAACUCUGGUAUCACGGGACAUUGCUGGGCGGAGACGCUGAACAACUAUUAAUUGACCAGCCGGACUCGUCGUUUCUCGUGCGUGAGAGUAGGACAAGUCUGGGCAACUACGCUCUUACAGUGAAAGUGAAUAAUAGAGUGAAACAUAUUAAAAUCUAUGCCGAAGGAAACCCAAGGAGAUUUCACUUAGAGAGCGAUCAGCAAGUCUUUGUUUGCCUCGAAGAUCUAGUAAGGCACUACCGAGGCGGCCUAGUCGACUCCCAAAGUGAAUUCAUAUGCACAAAGCAUCCGAUAAAUAGAAGCUCCAUUCCAGCAAAUGAUCUCGAAAGAUGGCUCAUCCGCAAUCAGCAACGCCACGGCCACGAAAAAGAGUGGGAAGAACUUACACAGCAUGAAACCAGCAUGAAACUGCGGGAGAAUAUCGCAGUCGCGAGACAGCCAGAAAACAUUCCUAAAAAUCGGUACAAAAAUAUUUUACCGUACGACAGUUAUCGGGUCAUUCUAGAAAAGCCACACCAAAGAACGAGCACCUUCAGACCUACAGAUUACAUAAAUGGCAGUAAAGUCAGCCACUUUGACGAAGAAAUCGGCAAGCAAAAAGGGAAAAGCUAUAUUUCAACCCAAGGUCCUUUGCCGAACACUGUCGAGGAUUUCUGGUUCAUGGUCAUGCAAGAAAAAUCAUCAGCAAUUCUUAUGAUCGCAAAUGAAGUCGAAAAGGAGCGCAAAAAGUGCGAGAAGUACUGGCCAGAUAAUGUUAACGAGACAAAAAUCUGGGGAAACGCGAAAGUAACUCUUUUGUCCGCUCGUCAGCCCGAUCCAGCGUUUUGGGAACGGUUACUCCGCGUUGAGAUCAAUGGAAAAGCUCAUCACGUGGUCCAAUUCCAGUUCAUCCUCUGGCCCGAUUUCAGUACGCCCGAUGAUAGAAACAUCGAGCAAGUAUUACAAUACUUGGCCAGAGUUAAACAAAUAACGAGAGAGGGCAACUACAAUGGAGUGCCACUCAAUACGAGAGCACCAACUGUUGUCCACUGUUCGGCUGGGAUUGGACGCUCGGGCGCAGUGAUGGUGAUCGAUAUGAUAUCAGAUCAGCUAGAGUUUUACCAAGGAGAUAUAACCAUUGACAUCAAGAAGACAGUCACACAUUGCCGCAAGCACCGUCACGGGAUGGUACAAACCAUCGAGCAAUAUAAAUUCAUAGCAAAAACGAUCGCGAGAAAGUCCAAAGAAUUCACUCGAAGAUGA